GCAAAAUCUCUUUUUCGAAAGGCUCCCACCGCUAGCCCCCGGGUGUGUUUACACAACCAUAGGGAUAUUUUGGGGAAGUCGGGUGAUCGACCCAUGGGCCUCGGAGCACUUGUUGAUCGCAGCCAUGGCUCCUCCUGUGUCCUGCUGUCUCAGCGAGGAGGCCAAGCUCCAGCGGCGGGUGAACGAAGAGAUCGAGCGGCAGCUGAGCCGCGAACGCUUCGAGGCCGGCCGCGAAUCCAAAUUCCUACUGCUAGGGCCCGAAGAGGCGGGAAAGACGACGUUUCUCAAGCAGAUCCGCCUCAUACAGGAGGGAGAUGCGCGAGAGGACCGCGCCGAGCACGUGCGUAGCGUCUACCAGGCUCUGCUAGGCGCCAUGCAGCGCAUCGUGCGCGCCAUGGACGCGCUGGGAAUCGCGUACAGUAACCCGUCGAACGCCGAGAGCGCCAUGAUGUUGGCCAGCGUGCGCUGCGAGACGCUCGAGCCGCCGCUCACGGAGCCCGUGUCGGAGGCGCUGAGGCGCCUCUGGGAGGAUGCAGGUGUGCGCGAGUGUUACGCGCGCCGUGCCGAGUACGGUGGCCUGCCUCCGUUCCUGCCAGACGUGCAGCGCGUCACGCGACCUGGUUACGUGCCGUCGCUCGAAGACUACCUGCGCGUGCGCGCACCGUCGCGCGGGGUGCUCGAGUACGCGUUCCAGCUGGACGAUCACCCCGUGCGGCUGGUCGAUGUGGGAGAGCAGCGCUCAGAGCCCAAGAAGUGGAUCCACUGCUUCGAGGAUGUGAGUGCCGUGAUAUUCGUGGCCCCACUGUCUGACUACGAUGACCCGGACAAGAUGAACCGCGCGCGCGCUCUCUUCAGCACGAUCGCGUCCAGCCCGUGGUUCGCCGAGUCGCAUCUUCUGCUGCUGCUGAAUAAGAAGGACUUACUCGAGCAGAAGAUCAGGCGCUCGCCGCUGGGCGCCUAUUUCUCGGCUUACCGGGGCCCACCGGGCGACGCCAAGGCGGCGCGCGAGUUCCUGCGCCGCUCGUUCGCCGAGCUCAAGCCCGAGCGGCCGGUCUACUACUUUUUCACGUGCGCGAUCGACACGGACGACGUCAAGUACGUGUUGCCCACGCUGCGCGAGAUCGCCUGCCUUCGCUCAUGCCCCACGAGGGGCCGGCAGCCAUCGGACGCGUCCACGGCCAGCAACGCGGCGGCAACCGCCGCUUUCCAGUUGCCCGCCUGACAAGAGCCCUCCCUGGAGUCAUCACCGGCUUGAUUCAGCGCGCCAGUGGAAGGAUCGACCGUUCAGGAAUGCGCUCGUUCACGGCGCUCAUAAUCGAGGGCGUCACGGCGUGUUUCGACACGCGGCCGCGUCGGCGGUCUUCCUGAGAGUGCACUGUGCUUAGAAAAACGACGACAACCUUGUGAUUUAUGUUUUCCUGUUUCUCGUUACAACCAACAGUGUGCACUAGACAUUCACUGCGUCAUAAAGACGCAGUGAAUGUUUAGUGCGUUCCGCGCCCAUCUCCAUGAUUUUCAACACUUGAUUAGGUUGUGGCGCUUUUUGAGGGAAGCUGAGAACGCCAGCUGUGAAAUCUUUCUCAUCUCUCAGUUUCAUCUGCCACGUUGAUUAGUAAAGGCCGUCUGUCAUCUGCCGCAUUGUUUUGAUGUAGGAUAUGUCAAUGUCUUGAGUGAUCAACCUAAAUGUGUUCUUUAACUUGUCCGGCGUGUUUAUGUUGUCUUCUCCAACGCCUAAACACCAGAAUGCACGUGCCCUUCAACUGAUAUCACUUUUGACGUACCAUAUUUCUGGCAUAGACACUACCGAUGUAAAAUUUUUUGUGUGCUACGAUUUAUCUUGAGACAGUUUUUGCAUGUUUAAUUUAUUUAUUUGGCUUGUGAUCCUACUGUAGAAUGUGUGCCCUGCUGUGCCACUGGCAUGGCCACUGUGUGUGUGUUGCCAGCACCUUGUGUUGCUGUCCAAAAGGACGGGCGAGUGCCAUUGAAAGUUUAUUCCAGUAGCAUAUCUCAAGCCCAACUCCGAUGCGGCCUAUUCAAAUACAUGUAAAACACAGAAAUGCCUUUCAGAGAUAACCCCUGGAGCAAUUUUAAUGAAAUGUAUUGCAUUUGAGAGAGAAAGUUAAAUUCUAGUGACUGUUGGUUGCAGAAUUUUAAUUUAGGGCCUGAAAAUAACUUUCAAAUAUAUGAAAGUUCAAACAAAAUAGAAGCACGUAUCAAGAACAGCUCUGCAUCAAGAACAGAUCGCGGUUAUGUAAACGGCACCCAUUAGAUUAUUCAAAGCGGACAAAUUCGAUAUGUCAAUUGAUACCUUACGUGAAUUCGUUAUGUUGUUUACAAGGGUUUUUUUGCAAAAGCUGUAUUUCCAUAUCACUAAAUUUUUUCAGACUCAUGUGUAACAUAUCCAUUUUGUCCGCUUUAGUGUACUAUCAAUGCAAUUCACAUAAUUGCGAUAUCAUUUUUCAUGAAUUAUGGAUUUAUAAACUUGAUAGUGUCAUUUUCUAAAAAUUUUCGAUUUUUGCCAAUUUAUAGCAAAACAUUGACGACCUAAAUAAAAUAUUCGAAACCAACAGUCACUAGAUAUUAAGUUGUUCUUUUAAAUGCACCAAACCUCGUCAGAUUUGGUGCAGUGGUUGCCGAGAAAACGAAUUCUCCUUUUACAUGUACUAAGGAGCACCCGAGCUAAAGCUUCCUCCUAAAUACUGUAUUAUUAGCUGUGUUUGUCUGGUUAGUAAGUGUGAAGUUCCUAGUCUCUUUUAACACAGGGCAGGUGUUUCAACGCCACAGUCAAAUGCAUAUAGUUUUUUGCUGUCUCACACAGUUCAUGUUGGCUUUCUGUUCAUGCACCGUCGAGUUUCACCACAGUUACGCAAAAAGAGCACCCGGUUCCACUAGACUGUACACCGUAGUUAUGCAAGAAACGCUGUGCCAGGACUAGCCAAGCCAAGUUUGGUGUCACUAACUGAGCCAUAGAGUUUCAUAAACAAGAAGAAAGGGGGUUAACCAAGGGGCCUGAUUUUUGUUAAUCAUAUCAUUAUUUUUGAUAUAUCAUUAUGCGUGCGAUGUUCGCAUGCGUAAUGCGAAGACAUGGGAUCGUUCCCCACCUGCGGCAAGUUGUUUAUUCAUCCACUUUCAUUGCCAUUAAUUUAUCAUUUCUUUAAUUCAAUUAGUAAGUACAAGUAAUUUCCCCUAUGUUGUCCUUGGUGUCUUUGUUUGUUGGCUUCUUAUUAUAUGAUAUACAAUAUACUAAAUAACAUAAUUGUUGUAUGAAUGUCUAUAAACUGAGCAGCAUUAUUGCAUUAUCUUCGCAUCUCGUAUCCUGCGAGCAAGCUUUGGUCUCUGCGAGUGUUUCCCACAGUGUGCGACUCAUUGAAUAAGGGUUGUACGAACAUCAGGAUAUAGGUGCCAUACUCAACGUUUUAGAUGGUUCAAUAUUUUUUGGUCAUCGAUUCGGUUUGUUUAUGAAAAUGGUCUUUUCUGUGUGAUAUUUCAAUCACAAGGUAUUUAUAAUUUGCUGUCUUUGUUAUAGAAUUAUCUAGUGUCACAUUUUGUGUUUAGGCUCAACCAUUAUGUUUUUUUUUUUCUGUGUUGAACUUAGGUAGUCUGUUGUAGCUUCGACAAGGCGGCCGGACGAAAGGGUUACGGCAUGAGGCCUAAACGGCCGGGGCGCGCAGUGCCGCAAGAAAGAGCCGGACUGCUUCAGUCGGGGACCAGACAAAGAAUGAAUCUUUAUUCCUGAGGAGGCAACUUACAGCGUUUGGCGCUGAGUAGCGCCCUGAUGUAAAAACCCAAAACCGAAACCAGAAGUUGCGGAUACCACAUCACCUCUCCCUUGAAAGGAAAAAUGCCCUACUCGCUCUCCUCGCAACAAAAGUAAGUCACGAGUCAAAGAACACAUGUUAGCACUGUAACACACAUGAUUAGUGAUACAUCUUUACACAAUAGAAAAUGAUACCUCUGGCUUCCCCAUUUAAAGAAAACGCACAUGAACACUGAAUAUGAGUUAUUGCACUCCAGUUCUGCAGUUCCAGUACCCGUCUUGGGAGGACGAUGAGAUGCAGCCUUGCACACACAGAUAACACAUAGAAAAUUCAUAAAGUACAGAAGUAUACAGUAACAAACAUCUGUGUGCCCCCUGGGACAGCACAGAUGGGUGGCUCAUUUGCCCUGAGCCUGACUCGAGACAGUCUUUGUGGCUGUCGUGGAUUGGCAUUGUGCAUAAAAGCACUUUACACUCCAUAGUGUAAAAUGCCCUGCCCGCGUGGGUUCGAAUCCCAUCCUCGUCGCCAGUUUGUUGUAGCUUCGACGGGGCGGCCGGACGAAAGGGUUACGGCCUGAGGCCUAAACGGCCGGGGCGCGCAGUGCCGCAAGAAAGAGCCGGACUGCUUCACUCGGGGACCAAACAAAGAAUGAAUCUUUAUUUCUGAGGAGGCAACUUACAGCGUUUGGCGCUGAGUGGCGCCCUGAUGUAAAAAGCCGAAACCAGAAGUUACGGAUACCACAUAGUCCUCAGCCACAACUCAGGGAACAGAUAUCUACAAGGUCCUAUAAGUCUGCUGCCGAUUCAGCCAAAAGCACAGCAUUGUCUGCGAAUGCGAAGCACGAGAUUUUUGUGUACACCUCUUGAUGGUCUGUUGUUAUGGUGGCGAGUCUCAAUCCAGGCCCUUUGUCGUUUAGUUAGAUAGAUAGAUAUCAGAUAAGGUCAAUGAUAAAGGACAUCCCUGUUUCAAUCCAGCUUCUAGGUUCACUUUUCGAGAUUUAAGUCCGCGGACUUCAUAUACUGCUGUGCAUUCUUUAUAAAGUGCUUUCAGUAAUCGAAGAAAUUCCUGGUGCAAUUUCAUGUUUUGAAGCUCUUCCCAUAGCUUGGGAUAUGGUAUAGAGUCGUAGGCUUUUUCUAGAUCUAGGAAGGCCAGAUUGAGUUGCGAUUUUUCUUUGUACUUCUUCUCGAUUGUUUGGGUGAGAGUAAAAAUGUGAUCACUUCUCCUUCUUUGUGGGCAGAAACCACUUUAUGAUUCGCUGUAUAAUAUUUUUUUUCACAAUAGUUUUGUCAUCUGUGGUUUAAUUGUAUUGAAGAGCUUUAAGAUGUUGCUGAGCACACCUAUUGGGUGAUAAGCAUUGAUAUCAUUUUCUGCUUUGCCUUUGUGAAUUAGUUGUAUUUGGGUAUCUUUCCAUGCUUCUGGUAUAUCACGUAUUGCAAGGAUGUCAUUCAAACAGUUGAGUAGCAUUUCUCUUACUUUUGCUUGUAAAGCUUUGAGAAAUUGAAAUGGAAUAUCACGGGGGGGGGGGGGGGGGGGGUGCUGAUGCUUUCUGGUUCUAUAAGUCUCCGAUGCGUUGUUUUAAUUCUGCCAUUGAAUUCUCCCAGCAUAUAAUCUCACUUAGUGGUGGCGUGUUUCAUUGUGUUGUUUGCGGGCUGGUGCAGUGAUGUCAUGUAGUUGGCUUGUAUGGUUUCAGAGUGGUGCGUUAUGUAUUGUUAUAUAUCUUCUUUUAUGUGGAAAGUACAUCCCUCACUUGUCAUGAAUGUAACAGCCUUGUGUAGGUCAUCCCAUGGUUACAGGAUCUGUAUAUAGGCCCAGAACUACUGGCUGUAGUGUUGUCACCCCUUUGUUACAUGUUCUUGCUGCUUAAAUACUUUGUCCAUGC